CCCUGCCCUAGAAGAAAGUGGAGUGUGGCGCUCGGUGAUCAUUAUUUCUUCAGACAGCUUCGCGGUGCAGCGGCUCGGCGGCAGCCCAGUGGGGCUCUCGGCUGUUGGCGCGCCUGUGUGUGUGUGGCUCCCCCCGGCACACCUCGGCCGACGAUGAGGAAAGGUCUGCGGGCGACAGCGGCCCGCUGCGGACUGGGACUGGGAUACGUGCUGCAGAUGCUCGUGCUACCUGCCCUGGCCCUGCUCAGCGCCAGCGGCACCGGCUCGGCCGCCCAAGGUGAUGAAACUAAGGCUCAGAAGGGAUCGAUAUCUUGGCAAUAUGACGACUUUUUUCAUGAACUCCCAGAAACCUUUCCAUCUGACCCACCUGAACCUCUGCCACACUUCCUUAUUGAGCCUGAAGAAGCUUAUAUUGUGAAGAACAAGCCUGUGAACCUGUAUUGUAAAGCCAGCCCUGCCACCCAGAUCUACUUCAAGUGCAAUAGUGAAUGGGUUCAUCAGAAGGACCACAUGGUAGACGAGAGAGUAGAUGAAACUUCUGGUCUCAUUGUCCGGGAAGUGAGCAUUGAGAUUUCACGCCAGCAAGUGGAAGAACUCUUUGGGCCUGAAGAUUACUGGUGCCAGUGUGUGGCCUGGAGCUCGGCAGGCACCACCAAGAGCCGGAAAGCCUACGUGCGCAUCGCUUAUCUACGAAAAACAUUUGAGCAGGAACCUCUGGGAAAAGAAGUCUCCUUGGAACAGGAAGUCUUGCUGCAGUGCCGACCACCUGAAGGGAUCCCAGUGGCUGAGGUAGAAUGGUUGAAAAAUGAAGACAUCAUCGAUCCUGUGGAAGACCGGAAUUUUUAUAUUACUAUUGAUCACAACCUCAUCAUCAAGCAGGCCCGCCUCUCAGAUACUGCCAACUAUACUUGUGUUGCCAAAAACAUUGUCGCCAAGAGGAAAAGCACAACCGCGACUGUCAUAGUCUACGUAAAUGGUGGCUGGUCCACUUGGACAGAGUGGUCUGUGUGUAAUAGCCGUUGCGGACGGGGGUAUCAGAAGCGUACAAGGACCUGUACCAACCCAGCUCCGCUCAAUGGUGGUGCUUUCUGUGAAGGGCAGAGUGUACAAAAAAUAGCCUGCACCACGUUAUGCCCAGUGGACGGCAGGUGGACCUCCUGGAGCAAGUGGUCCACCUGCGGGACCGAGUGCACUCACUGGCGCCGGAGGGAGUGCACGGCCCCCGCCCCCAAGAAUGGAGGCAAGGACUGCGAUGGCCUCGUCUUGCAGUCCAAGAACUGCACGGACGGGCUGUGCAUGCAGAGUUUCAUUUAUCCUAUUUCAACUGAGCAGAGAACCCAGAAUGAAUAUGGAUUUUCUUCUGCUCCCGAUUCAGACGAUGUUGCUCUGUAUGUCGGCAUUGUGAUAGCUGUGAUAGUUUGCCUGGCCAUUUCUGUAGUUGUGGCCCUCUUUGUGUAUAGGAAGAAUCAUCGUGACUUUGAGUCUGAUAUUAUUGACUCUUCUGCACUCAAUGGAGGCUUUCAGCCUGUGAACAUCAAGGCAGCAAGACAAGAUCUCCUGGCAGUACCCCCAGACCUCACAUCAGCCGCAGCUAUGUACAGAGGACCUGUUUAUGCCUUGCAUGAUGUCUCAGACAAAAUCCCAAUGACCAACUCUCCAAUUCUGGAUCCACUGCCUAACCUGAAGAUCAAAGUGUACAAUACCUCAGGUGCUGUCACGCCCCAAGAUGACCUCUCUGAGUUUGCAUCAAAACUGUCCCCUCAGAUGACCCAAUCCUUGCUGGAGAAUGAGGCCCUCAACCUGAAGAAUCAAAGUCUAGCACGGCAGACAGACCCCUCCUGCACUGCGUUUGGCACCUUCAACUCCCUUGGGGGUCACCUUAUUAUCCCCAACUCAGGAGUAAGUUUGCUGAUCCCCGCUGGGGCCAUUCCCCAAGGGAGAGUCUACGAAAUGUAUGUGACUGUACACAGAAAAGAAAAUAUGAGGCCGCCCAUGGAGGACUCUCAGACUCUCUUGACCCCUGUGGUGAGCUGUGGGCCCCCAGGAGCCCUGCUGACCCGGCCCGUCAUCCUCACUAUGCAUCACUGUGCAGAUCCCAGCACCGAGGACUGGAAGAUACAGCUCAAGAACCAGGCAGCGCAGGGCCAGUGGGAGGACGUGGUGGUCGUUGGCGAGGAAAACUUCACCACCCCGUGCUACAUUCAGCUGGACGCGGAGGCCUGCCACCUCCUCUCCGAGAACCUCGGCACCUACGCCCUGGUCGGGCAGUCCACCACCAAAGCAGCCGCCAAGCGCCUGAAGCUGGCCCUCUUCGGGCCCCUCUGCUGCUCCUCGCUGGAGUACAGCCUCCGAGUGUACUGUCUGGACGACACUCAGGACGCCCUGAAGGAAGUUUUGCAGCUCGAGCGACAGAUGGGAGGACAGCUCCUAGAAGAACCUAAGGCUCUUCACUUUAAAGGCAGCACCCACAACCUGCGCCUAUCCAUUCACGAUAUUGCCCAUUCCCUCUGGAAGAGCAAGUUACUGGCCAAAUAUCAGGAAAUUCCUUUCUACCAUAUCUGGAGUGGGUCUCAGAGAAACCUCCACUGCACGUUCACUCUGGAAAGAUUCAGCCUGAACACAGUGGAGCUGGUCUGCAAACUGUGUGUGCGGCAAGUGGAGGGAGAAGGGCAGAUCUUCCAGCUGAACUGCACCGUGUCUGAGGAACCUACUGGCAUGGACCUGCCUCUUCUGGAUCCAGCGAGCACCAUCACCACGAUGACAGGCCCCAGUGCUUUCAGCAUUCCGCCCCCAAUCCGGCAGAAGCUCUGUAGCAGCCUGGAUGCCCCGCAGACAAGAGGUCACGACUGGAGGAUGCUGGCACAUAAGCUCAACCUGGACAGGUACUUGAAUUACUUUGCCACCAAAUCAAGUCCAACUGGUGUCAUCCUGGAUCUCUGGGAAGCACAGAACUUCCCAGAUGGAAACCUGAGCGUGCUGGCAGCUGUCUUAGAGGAAAUGGGAAGACAUGAAACAGUAGUGUCACUAGCAGAAGGGCAGUACUGACCCAGGCUGGGGCCGAAGUGGAGGAGGAAGCCUCUCUGGACCAGUGAGCUCCACAGGCAAGACUGCAGCGGGAGAGAGAAGGCAGACAGACACAACUACCAAUGUACACGCCCACUCUGCUCGGACAUCACAGGAGUUAAGAACAAUUGUACAAAUGUGUAUCUUGAAUUUAGAAAUCAACCUACUUUUCCUCUUAGUUGGGCUGUAUGCUGUGUGGUACAGGAUCUUACAGUUUCCUAGGAAACGCUUUUUAUUGCUAUCCAGAUCUAUGGAUAAACUUUCUUAACAAACCCAAUUUCUACAAACGUUGUUUACAUCAAAUUGGACAGGGAUGCAGACACUGUCCAUGGCUCGUUCUAUUUUUGUUUAAAUCAUUUGAAGUUGAAGCUGUGGACGGUUUGCUGUGUCUCUUUCAGAUCAGUAAUUUACAGAGAAAUCAGAGUUUUCCUACAAAUUGUGUGCAUCAAGUGUCUCAGAUAAUCCUCCCAUCAGUGUUUUCUUUCUAGAACUUGUAGAACCAGUGUUACUGUUUGUAUCAGGGAAGUGGAGAAUCUAAGCAUAAAGGAGAAAUAGAUAAGACUUCUUAUUCCUUGAGAGCACUGUCUCAUGCCCUCAGGGAAUAAAGCUGUAUCAUCACAGGGAAGACCUUGAUUCAUGUUCAACCACACAAGAAUUUCUUCACAACUUGUGUGUUGGUAAUAUGCAACUUGAAGUGUUUUUUUUUUUUUUUUAAAGGUAUUAUUAUCAUCAUCAUUAUUAUUAUUGAUGAGUAUUUACAAGUAUUCUAGUAAAAGGAUUUACUUUUACCUUGUUUUUGUUAGCAGUACUGUUAGUAUUUAGGUAUCUGACCUGGGCACCUUCUCAUAACAAGGUGGGUGUGGUCACCAGUUUAAUUAAGCAGGCCUUCCUUGCUUCCUUGACCUUUUUAUCUUUCUUCGGUCAUUCUGCCUGAGAAGGUGGUAAAUGCUUCCCGGCGUUGUCAGUCUGUUCUUUAAGCUUGCUCAGGCAGGCGCUUUGUCCCCCGAGUUUGUCCUGGGACAUGCUCUCGACAAGCUCACGCGGCCCCCCACACCUUUGGUGGGUCCUCUGUCUACCACGGAGGCAGUGUGAUUGAAGGAGCAGCCUCUGAGCUGGAGAUCAGGAAACCGGUUCUCAUUCUGGGUUGUCAUUGUCUAGCUGUGCUCCCUUGGGAGAGUCAUUUACCCUCACUGGACCUCAAGUUUCCUCACCUGUAAAAUGAAGGGGUGGAUUAAAUCAGCUCAAGGUUCUAAAAUGUUUGACUUCCCACUGUGAUGCCUCCAGUCUCCUCCAUCAGUCUGAAGACCACAAUGGACGCUGACCUGGAUCAUUUAACGAUUCAACCUGUCUUUCGCCCAGGCUACAUUAUGCCUUCCAGAUAGUUCUGACUUGGAAGAUAAUUAUUCUGACCUGUAACAUAUUUGUUAUGCUUUCAAGUCUUGUCCUCGUGUCAUUGCAUCAUGCUGUUCACCCAGAGAUGGCAUCCCCGUAUCACUUCCUUUCCUCUCUUGGGACUAGUUGCCUUCCUGAGUAGUUGCAAAUUAUGUUCUACUAUUGUCUUGGUCAAAAUUUUUUUAAUUAAAAAAAUUUUUUAACUGAAAAAUAGUCAGUCAACAGACUACUUUGUAUAAACUAUGAUAUUUCUUUAGGACCAUACAAGCUCUUUGUUUUUAUGCAGGGGCUCAAUUCUUUCAGCAGGUUGGGGGGUAAAGAGUCAACAGUCCAGGAGCCAAACUGAGACUGAACAAGCACCCCUGCAUAUGAAUCGGCACUUCCAAAGCAUGGCUGUGGUUUCCUUGGGGCUAGAGGUAUCCAAGUUACAGAGUGGAUUUGAAUUAGAAAUAAUCUUACCAUUUUUCCCCUUCUUUCCACAUGCAUUUCCUCAGCUGUUUUGGUAAUUUGUUGAUAUGCCCAGGUUCCUCUAUCCUCAUCACUGAGAAACUGUUGCUACCUUGGUAGGGAGCCUUUUCUUUCCUGCCUUUUUUUUCUUAUCUUCUGUUUUAGAUACAUGAAGACUAUUCCAUGCUCUGUCUCUCUUAGACCACACCCUGUACCAUACAUAAAAAUACAUUACUCUUGCUAUGAAAGGUAAGAUUGCAGUAAUAAACUUCAGUGUUUCAUGCUUCUACCAAUAGAUCUUUGACCAAAAGAUAGUAAAGUUGUACUCUACAUUAAAAACUUAAUUUUUAAAAAGGAGGAAGCAGAAAAAGAGCUAUGGUCCAUUGCUGCAUCUUAAAAUGACUUCUCAAGAUUACUCAGCAUUACUGGUUUGGGGGGGCUGUCAUCUCUGGAAGUCAAGAAUUAGAAAUCUAAUGCCUAAUGAAAAAUAGAAAGGAGCAAAUAUGUAGUAUCCAGAUAAAUUAAUUUUAAAACUGACUUUUAAAAAGUCAUCAACACAGAACUACAGAAGAUAGCAGGAACUGUAUUUUCAAAGCCAUUGGGUUCACCUUAAGUGUGUCCUGGUAUUUGGUUCUACAUCUUAGCACCAGCAAGGGGAAAGGUGGUUAAUUCCUUAGAAGUGAGGUACUUGUCUGUCAUGGAACCCCCAUCAUGUUCACUGCCAGGGGAACAAACUUCUAUAUGUAUAGCACGCCAUUUACAUCAAAGAAUUUACACAGCAAAUUCUGAUUUCCUUUGGGGGAGUGAAGUAAUAGCUGUUAGAUUGCUCUCAAACUCAGAAGGUCUAGGCUCAACAGUUCAGUAUAUAGGGAGCAACCUCAUCAGCCAUCCUGUAACACGUCCUCUCUUUCUUUCCUAGGGCUUCACUGUAGGUUGAGAGCAAAAACCAUUUACUUCAUCUGGAAGGAAAAAAAAAAAAGAAAUCUAUCACUUGUGCCUGGUGCCAUCUAGUGGUGGAUAACACUAUCUACCCCAAGGUUAAUAGGAAAACUCAGGAACCGAGUUUUUUGACAAUGGUAAUGGAUACUUGUAGCGCGUAUAGCAUCUUUAUGACAGAUGUGGAAAUUUUCACAUCAAAUAGACAUUUCUUAUCCUCACCUUUUUUUCUUCACUUAAAUUAACCAUAUCAAAAAUUAUGGUAAAAGAGUCUGCCUGCAAUGCAGGAGACCUGGGUUUGGAAGAUCCCCUGGAGAAGGAAAUGGCAAUCUACUCCAGUAUUCUUGCCUGGAAAAUCCCAUGGACAGAGGAGCCUCUUAGGCUACAGUCCAUGGGGUUGCAAACAGUCGGACACAACUGAGCAACUUCACUUUUUAUGAGCCUAGUACGUUUGUUUCUAACUCCACACACAUCUCAAAUUGGGUUUUGGUUAUAGAAAUAAUAGAAACACAUAAAAAUCUGUACAAAACAGCUUUGGAAGAUUUGUCAUUAUUAUUUAUAUUUUUCAUUAGGCUUAAUGUGUUUUAAAACUUACUUUUAGUUCUCUGAUAUUUAUUUUUGAAGACAUAAGCAGUAUUCAAUUGGAAAUAAGUUUUAUAUAUGCAAAUACUACAUCUAAUGAAGUGAAAACUGUUGUGGUUGUUAAUCAAGGAGAAGAAACUAGCUUCCUUCUGAAUUUGGGGAUCUAAGGGCAGAUGUUUCAUUCUGUUUUCAUUUUCCUCUCACUAAAUCAAAUUUCCUUAAUGUGAUCUGGAAGGAAUAGAAGCUAGAUUCAGAAUAUUGAUAACUGGGCACAAGAUGUCAGCAAACGGUAACACCAAAGUGCUCACAGCCAAGAGCCUUUUCAUAAACAGCAUGAACACCAACAUGGACACUCACCUCAGUUACCCAGAGAAUUCCCAUCUUCAUGGAAGCAAUGUAAGCUCUUCUAAGGCAAGAGAGUAUUUGGGGUGAGAAGUCCUUUGGUAAACUGAAUGACCUUUAGCCAUCUUGGGCUUCCCAGGUGGCGCAGCGGUAAAGAAUCUGCCUGUCAAGCAGGAGAUGCAGGUUUGAUCCCUUGGUCGGAAAGAUGCCCUGGAGAAGGAAAUGGCAACCCACUGUAGUAUUCUUGCCUGGGAAAUCCCAUGGACAGAGGAGCCUGGUGGGCUGCAGUCUGUGGGGUUACAGUCAGACACAACUUAGCAACUAAACUAUAACAACAAUGGGUAUUAGUAAUUUAAUGCUAUCAUAGGCCCAAUUAGAAAGAACUGAAUGAAAUGGCAAAUAAAAGACACCUAUGACAAAGGACAAUAGUUGAAAAACUGAAUUAUCCUGAUAAUAUUUAGACAACAUGUAGUUCCAACCCUUUAUACUGAUACAUACUACUAUUUUGUGGGGCCACCCUGGUGGCACAGAUGGUAAAGAAUCUGGCUGCAAGAGACCUGGGUUAAACCCCUGGGUCAGGAAGAUCCCCUGGAGAAGGGAAUGGCUACCCACUCCAGUAUUCUUGCCCGGAGAAUUCCAUGGACAGAGGAGCCAGGCAGGCUACAGUCCAUGGGGUCACAAAGAGUCAGACAUGACUAAGCAACUAAUACUUUCACUAUUACUUUGUAGAUUUUAAUCUCCCAACUUCCAGAUAUUAGAACCACUCGUUAGGAAAGAGUCAUGGAGACUGAGUUCAGGACACUCUGGAAACUAUACGGUCAGUAACACUUUUUAGGGGUGUAAGAAAGAUAUUUUAGACACUCCAAUAGUAGGAUUCAGAUUUUCUUUACCUUCCUCUGGAGAGGAGCAGACAAGGCUCUGGUGUAUGUAUCUUGAAGUGUGUCUGCUGGGCACACAGCAGGUGCACUCCUGGUCCACGUCUGCCUCUGUCUCUCCUAUGGAUGUUUGAGGAAGGAAGCAGCAGUCGAUCACCAUCUCCUCAGGGUUCACUGCCUUUGCCACUACGAUGUCUGCCCGUGUGAGGUCAAGCACAUAAAAAUACUGACCUUCAGAGAGCAUAAAGUAGGUAGCAAAAGUUUCCUUAUCUAGUCUUCAGACUUCAGGUUGAACGGGAGCCAUGGCUCUCGCUGAGCGGGGCUUCUGGACAACUUAUCAGUCUUGCACAGAGACCCCAGUCCCAGUCUGAAGCCGAUGAGAGGAAGGAUGCCUAUGGACAGACACAGCCAAAUGAAACUGGGUUUGAUCCAUCUGCUUUGAGUGCAGAGGAGCUUUUGUGAGUCAGAAUGCCAUCAUGCCAUCCCUCAAAAUCAACUAUUUGUAAAGAUGAUAAUGGUCAAUGAGCAUUAGAUUUUAUGGAACCAAUAAGGAAAAUAUUUUUAUGAUCGAUUAUCUCAAGGUAAUAAAAUGUUGUUUUACCUUUUGAGUGCCUCACAGGACCAACUAUUACACUUUGCCUUUUUGGUUUUUUGUAUUUUUUAAAACUUUACUGAGCUAAUGUUGACUUAAAUCCUUAGAACUUUGCCUCUGUGCAAUCAAGUGCUAUUUCUUUACCCUAAGAAAUCUAUUUGUAUAAUCUCUGGCUGUAAUGAUUAUUUUGAAAAAGUUCCUUUGCAUCUCAAAUGAUUUUUUAAUGGAAUAAGGCAUAAGGGGUAAUAUAUACAUUGUAAGCAUUAAUAAUUUAAGCCUGUGUCUAUACAGGUUAAGUAAGCCAAUAGAGUCAUAAAUAUUUCCAUAAUUCAUGCCUGAAACAUUUUUGAAAAUAGGGAGAUGGCCUUAUAUGUCACUGGGUGUGUUUUCUCUACAUACUAACAAUUAACUUCCUGAUUCGUUAGUCUUAUCAGCCCUGUGAUUGCCCCAUUUUUGGAAAUCCUGCUCUAAAAAUCUGUCUUCAGAAGAGUUCAUGGCUCUCAGCUUUUACAGUGGCCCUGUCACCUGCCUGAAUUGAUCUACAGGUGGAAUAUUAAUGGGCUCAUGCACCCAGACAUAACAUACAUGCCUGGCUGUAUUUCAGCAUGGUCAAGGAAGUGCUGCCAGGACAGACAGACAGGAACUCCACAAAUGCACUGGCAAACAAAACCAACUAAUACAGAAGCUAUUUCCCAGCCAGCUGUACACUUCAGACUUUUACUUACCUCAGAGAACUGUCCAGAGAUGAUCUGGGAUUCUGCUGAGUGUCAGGAGAGUCUUGACCCACCAGCUGUUGAGAAGGGGAAAAGGAAGGUGGCCUGAGAUGAGGUCAGCUGCUCAUGAGACAAAGCAUCUGCUAUGGUAUACACCAGCCUCCACACCUGCCAUUUUAGACUGUGCCUCAGAAAAGUCUAAGCUGCUGAAGCUGUAACACUUCAGGGUCUCUUAGCCAAUAUGCUUAAGUCUUACGUGCCAAUCUUAAAUUCCAAAGUCUCCUGGACUUGGCAGUAUCAGAGCAGCUACUGGAGCUGACGGCACCAGCCAGGGUGGAAUAACCCUUGGUACUGAGUUUAGAAGGUGAAUCGUGGGCAAUUAUUGCUGGUCAGCAGCCUCAGCAUUGAUAAACCCUGACCUCUGAAGGUCAGCACUAUGGUGAGGCAACAUCCAAGAACUGUGACCAGAAACAUGUCCCAGAUGCCAAACCUGAUAGAGCAAGAAAUCCACAGGCAGUGUAAAAUGCCUUUACCCUUUUAUAUUGUUAUGUGACACCUGUAAACGUGGGUGAAUAAAUUCAAACACAUACUCCUCCAGGCCUUGAAAAAGCAGGAGGACAGCGGUCAGAACAAGCUGAGGGCACGACCUGCAUCCUCCCCUUUGCUCUUCCCCAGGUCUCCCCUUGGUAGUAAGACCCUCACCCUCCCAAUAGGAUGCAUUCAGCCCAGUUGCAGGGAAGAGCAUCCCUGUGUGUGUGUGUUGUGUGUCAUGGUUAUUGUACGUGUUCACUGAGUUUAUGUUAACCUGUCACACACUGGUGACCUUCUCUUCAUUCUCUCUAAAGAAGACAACCAAUGUUUGUCAGAGGAGACUCCCCAGCAGUCUGUGCUAUAGAGAUGUGUCACCCACCUGCCAGUCCCGGGGGAAAGUUCACCUGCAGAAAUGGUACAAGAAGGUUCUGUGCUGUGUUGUCCUUCUUUUCUCAAACACAAUGAUACAACCUUAGCUUUUCAGAUACGGAGCACUUCUUUUGUUGUUUCGGAGUUCCCUCUUGCUGUAUCUUCUAUGCAAUUCCUUUUCUAGAAACCCCCUGCAGAGGCAUGCUCUCUGGGGUCCCAUCCGAGUCGCCGUGCACUGGAAGUGAGGGAUGCUAGCCCUGGCUGCCUCUCCCCAUUUUCCUGCACUUCUUUGGUUUGUAAAUUUGCCUGCAUUUAUCCUGUCAGCCAACAUGUACAAAAUGUAAGAAAGAAUUUUUAAACAGGUAAUAAAUUAUAUUUAUAAGCAACAGA